AUGGCAUUGCUUCAUGACAGUGGAACAGUCAAUGCUGCUGUUAAAUUUCUUUCCUCAUCAUGCAAAUUCUUUACAAAGAAGGUUAAUGAGGAAGCAAGUGAUAAAGUUUUGGAGGUGGAACAGAAAUAUAAUGAGAUUCGAAGACCUGUCUACAUUAAACGGAAUGAGAUCAUCCAAUCCAUUCCAGACUUUUGGUUAACUGCGUUCCUGAGUCAUCCUGCUCUUAGCGAUCUUCUGACAGAGGAAGACCAAAAGAUUUUCAAGUAUUUGGUUUCACUAGAUGUUGAAGAUUGUCAGGAUUUAAAGUCAGGUUACUCCAUUAUAUUUAACUUCUCUCCUAACCCAUAUUUUGAAGACACAAAGCUUGUGAAGACUUAUUCCUUCACUGAGGAAGGAGUGGCUAAUAUAACUGGUACGACUAUCAAGUGGAAGGAGGGUAUGGAGAUUGCCAAUGGUAAUGGUCAUGAGAAGAAGGGAGGCAAGCGACCUUUUACUGAGGAAAGUUUCUUUAGUUGGUUUGGUGAAACUCAGCAGAAAAAUUUCUCAGAUGGUGUAACAGAUGAGGUGGCAGAGAUAAUCAAGGAAGAUUUAUGGCCCAACCCUUUGAAGUAUUUUAAUAAUGAGGCUGAUGAAGAGGACUUUGAUGGAGAUGAAGAUGAUGAAGAGAAUUUUGGCCUCUCGUUGCUUGGCCAUCUUCGGGACUCCAAAUACUAUAAGGGAUCUGAAGAUGAUGAGGAUGGUGAGCAAGAUGAUGACGAAGAGGACGAUGAUGAGGAUGAUAGUUAGUCUCUUCUCGCAGCUUCUUUCGUUGGGCUUCCACAACUUGGCUGUGGCGAGUGCCACUGCCAGGCAUGCUUAUCGCUAUGGAAGGUCUUGAUUUUGAGGGGGGCGGGCUUCUAAUCUUGCUUCAAGCUCCAUAGCUGUCAUUUUUUUGUACUUUGUCUUUCAUGACCCUUGCUUAUAGCUGGUGGCCUGUCUAAAGCUAGAAAUUUAUUUAUCAUUAUGGGCGUGUCAAAUGUUUUGUCCUUGGAUUUGAAGAAUCUCGGCAUGCUGUGUUCUUCAGGAUCUAGGAGUUUGUAUGGAGAACCGGUGCAUCAUUUUUUUAAAACUUCUUUAGUUAUAUAAAUAUAUUACAUCAAUUUCAUGUGGUA